CCGCGCGCCGGCCGCGCCCGCGCCCAGCUCAUCUCCUCCUCCGUCGUCCCCAACACCAAGGUUGGCGAGAGGAGGGCGCCGCCGUCCAGGAACGCGCUGUCCGCAGUGUUCCUGCGCGAAGAUGAGGGAUCGCAGGCCACGAGCUCGGGGUCGGACCGGGACGCCGGGAGCAACAGGGUGGAUCCGGAGCUCGUGCACGAGGAGGCCACUAUCCUCAAAAAUGGCGGUGCACUGUCGGAAACUCCAAAUGAAAUCCUUAAAGGGCCUGAAAGCACGGAUUCAGCUCUGCAGUAUGAAACACAUUCAGUGCUGCGAACUGCCUUGUCUGAAAACAUGAAUUCCAUGGAAGUACUGAAGGCUGAUGAAUGCCAAACUCCUUCAGCGUCUCAUCAAAGCUCCUAUCCGCCAGAUGCUACAAGCUCUUCUAGGAAUGGUUGCGAUGCAUCAAACCAGCAUGAUACUGAACCUGUGAGCAAGAGCAUAGACUCUGACGGUGUGAAUAAUGAGCCUGUGCUCGACUGCAGGAUCAAGUUAACCACCUUGGAGUCAUGCUCUGUCACCAGUAAUGAUGAUAUCUAUCUCGAUGGAUCCAAGUCUUCACCCUUUUCAACUCCUUUGAAAGUGAAUGGUGGGAUACAUACUCCAGUUAACACUCAGGUACCUGACUUGGAAGAGUUAACAGACGAGAACUGUACUAGGUCUUGUUCGCAUGAUUUGCACGAAGGUCUGAAUUCCUCUCAGGAUCUCGGACAUUGUGGAGUGUACAGAGAAGAUCCCUGCCAGCCUGAUAUAUGUGAUGAGGAUCUCAAGGGUGCAAAGAAUGACAGUCCGGAUUUGGUUGAAACUUCAAUAUCUGAUGAAUGUUCCGUGUUCCAGAACUCUGAGGGUUCUGUAUCAUCUUAUAACAAGACAAGUGAUAGCACAUCUUUUGUGGAGAAAUGCCAGGCCACUGAUGUAACAGUUCAUGCCAGAAGAAAUAAGGUGAUUACAACAAAUAGUGGUUCAGAUGUCGAAUUCCCAAGCUUGUCCCAGUGGUUGAAGCCUCCAAGUUCCAGUAAGGCGAUCAGAGAUGAAAGCUAUACAAGUGAUACAUUUAAUUCUGCUAAGAGUUCUGAUGAGGAUAGGCCUAUCAUUGGAAUGGUCGCGGCUCACUGGAAAUCCGAAGAGCCAGAUAAUUUUACUCCUAAAUGGUGGGAUGGAAAUGGCAUUCCCAACUCAACAAAUAAGUACAAAGAAGAUCAGAAGGUUAGUUGGCACGCGAUGUCAUUCGAGGAGAGGCUUGAAAAGGCUUUAUCUGAAGAGAAGCUGCUUUCUCAAAGGAAAUGCUCCACUGGAAACACAUCUCACUUUUCAGGUGUAGAAGGUGAGGAAAGUGAUACUGCUGCAUCUAACCAUCUACGUGUUGCUGCUUUUACAUGAUGUCUUGGUCUGCGAAGAGUUAUGAAGCUUCCAAGUAAUUUGGCUUUUUGCUGCCACAUUCCUAAUGGCUUCUGCACAGUUUUGUUAACCUCUACUAUCCUCCAGUAUGUAGCUUGUAGAAGCGGUCGUUCUAUCGACCACUUUAUAUUAAAGGAGUACUGUUCCUAGUUCCAAGACAAAUCAACGUUGUUGAUUUCAAAUAUAAUUGACAUCAAGAUUCUUAACUAGUA